AUCAGUUCAGCAUGUCCCGAAAUUCACCCCCAGUGUAACUUCUGCCUCUGCUCCUCCUCUUCUUGGAACUGCCCUUUGUUUGUCUGACAGCGUUGGUUUUAUGGGGGUGUGUGAUGAUGAUAAUACGCGGGCUUAUAUAACCGUCUUCAUCUUGCAAGCACUUCGCAGACAGUCCCUAAUGAAUCUUGGGGCCGGUGUCAGGCCGGGGCGGCUUUAUCGGCAAUUGGGAACCCCCAGGCGCAGAGGCCAGCAGGGAGGGCAGCCAAGAUCAGAGGCCAGGCCUUCCUGGUUCCCGGCGCAGCUCGGAGGUCAGGGAAGAUAAGGAGCAUGACUCUCCCCCUCUGGAGGAAGGAAGUCCCGCUGUCACCUUAUCUCUGCGCCUCUGCCUCCUCCCUGUUCCCAGAGCUUUUUCUCUAGAGAAGACUUUGAAGGCGGCUUUGGUGCUGACGACCACCUACCAUCAUCUAAAGAAGGUGAAUCUGCCAAAUGACAUGCAGGUUAUUCAAGACAGAAUAAUUGCAGAAAAUCUUCAAAGGACCCCGUCUGCAGUAUAGAAAUUGAUUAUUCAACCAGGAUACCUAAUUCAAGACUUUCAGAAAUCAGGAGCCUGAGACGUUUUGUCGAUUUUGCGACAUUGGACCAAAUACAAUGAAGUAUUCUUGCUGUGCUCUGGUUUUGGCUGUCCUGGGCACAGAACUGCUAAGAAGCCUAUGUUCGACUGUGAGAUCCCCAAGGUUCAGAGGACGGUUACAGCAGGAACGAAAGAACAUCCGCCCCAACAUUAUUCUCGUGCUCACCGACGACCAGGAUGUGGAGCUGGGGUCCCUGCAAGUCAUGAACAAAACAAGAAAGAUUAUGGAACAUGGCGGGGCGACCUUUACCAAUGCCUUUGUGACAACACCCAUGUGCUGCCCAUCACGGUCCUCCAUGCUCACUGGGAAGUAUGUGCACAAUCACAACGUCUACACCAACAAUGAGAACUGUUCUUCCCCCUCGUGGCAGGCCAUGCACGAGCCUAGGACUUUCGCUGUGUAUCUUAACAACACUGGCUACAGAACAGCCUUUUUUGGAAAAUACCUCAAUGAAUAUAAUGGCAGCUACAUCCCUCCUGGGUGGCGAGAAUGGCUUGGGUUAAUCAAGAAUUCUCGUUUCUAUAAUUACACUGUUUGUCGAAAUGGCAUCAAAGAAAAGCAUGGAUUUGAUUAUGCAAAGGACUACUUCACAGACUUAAUCACUAACGAGAGCAUUAAUUACUUCAAAAUGUCUAAGAGAAUGUAUCCCCAUAGGCCCAUUAUGAUGGUGAUCAGCCACGCUGCGCCCCAUGGCCCAGAGGACUCGGCCCCACAGUUUUCCAAACUCUACCCCAACGCUUCCCAACACAUAACUCCUAGUUAUAACUAUGCACCAAAUAUGGAUAAACACUGGAUCAUGCAGUACACGGGACCAAUGCUGCCCAUCCACAUGGAAUUUACAAACAUUCUACAGCGCAAAAGACUUCAGACUUUGAUGUCAGUGGAUGAUUCUGUGGAAAGGUUAUAUAAUAUGCUCGUGGAGAUGGGAGAGUUGGAGAAUACAUACAUCAUCUACACUGCUGACCACGGUUACCAUAUUGGGCAGUUUGGACUGGUCAAAGGGAAAUCCAUGCCAUAUGACUUUGAUAUUCGUGUGCCUUUCUUUGUUCGUGGUCCAAGUAUAGAACCAGGAUCAGUUAUCCCACAGAUCGUUCUCAACAUCGACUUGGCCCCUACGAUCCUGGAUAUCGCUGGCCUCGACACACCUCCUGAUGUGGAUGGCAAGUCUGUCCUCAAACUUUUGGACCUGGAAAAGCCAGGUAACAGGUUUCGAACAAACAAGAAGGCCAAAAUUUGGCGAGAUACAUUCCUAGUGGAAAGAGGCAAAUUUCUACGUAAGAAAGAAGAAUCCAGCAAGAAUAUUCAACAGUCAAAUCACUUGCCCAAAUACGAGAGGGUUAAAGAACUGUGCCAGCAGGCCCGGUACCAGACAGCGUGUGAACAGCCUGGGCAGAAGUGGCAGUGCAUUGAGGAUCCAUCUGGCAAGCUUCGAAUUCACAAGUGCAAAGGACCCAGCGACCUGCUCACCGUCCGGCAGAGCACGCGUAACCUCUACUCUCGUGGCUUCCAUGACAAGGACAAAGAGUGCAGUUGCAGGGAGCCUGGUUAUCGCGCCAGCAGAAGCCAGAGGAAGAGUCAGAGGCAGUUCCUGAGAAACCAGGGGACUCCAAAGUACAAGCCCAGAUUUGUCCAUACCCGGCAGACACGUUCCUUGUCCGUCGAAUUUGAAGGCGAAAUAUACGACAUAAAUCUGGAAGAAGAAGAAUUGCAGGUGUUGCAACCAAGAAACAUUGCCAAGCGUCAGGAUGAAGGCCACCGGGGGCCAGGAGGUCUCCAGGCUUCCAGGGGUGGCAACAGGAAUGGGAUGUUGGCAGAUGGCAGCAACGCGGUGGGCCCGCCCGCCACGGUCCGGGUGACACACAAGUGCUUUAUUCUUCCCAAUGACACAAUCCAUUGUGAGAGAGAACUGUAUCAAUCAGCCCGAGCCUGGAAGGACCACAAGGCAUACAUUGAUAAAGAGAUUGAAGCACUACAAGAUAAAAUUAAGAAUUUAAGAGAAGUGAGAGGACAUCUGAAGAGAAGGAAGCCUGAGGAAUGUGGCUGUAGCAAGCAGAGCUAUUACAAUAAAGAGAAAGGUGCGAAAAAGCAAGAAAAAAUAAAGAGCCAUCUUCACCCAUUCAAGGAAGCUGCCCAAGAAGUAGACAGCAAACUGCAGCUCUUCAAGGAGAACCGCAGGAGGAAGAAGGAGAGGAAGGAGAAGAGGCGGCAGAGGAAGGGGGAGGAAUGCAGCCUGCCCGGCCUCACCUGCUUCACACACGACAACAACCACUGGCAGACAGCCCCGUUCUGGAACCUGGGAUCUUUCUGUGCCUGCACAAGUUCUAACAAUAACACCUACUGGUGUUUGCGUACAGUUAAUGAGACACACAAUUUUCUUUUCUGCGAGUUCGCUACUGGCUUUCUGGAGUAUUUUGAUAUGAAUACAGAUCCGUAUCAGCUCACAAAUACAGUGCACACGGUCGAACGGGGCAUUCUGAAUCAGCUCCACGUACAACUGAUGGAGCUCAGAAGUUGUCAAGGGUAUAAGCAGUGCAACCCAAGACCUAAGAACCUUGAAGCUGGAAAUAAAGAUGGAGGAAGCUAUGACCUACACAGAGGACAGUUAUGGGAUGGAUGGGAAGGUUAAUCUGCCCCAUCUUACCGCAGACAUCAACUGGCAAGUCCUGGAGGAGCUAUACAGUGUGAAUGAAAGCAUCUAUGAGUACAGACAAAACUAUAGACUUAGUCUGGUUGACUGGACUAAUUACUUGAAGGAUGUAGAUAGAGUAUUUGCACUGCUGAACAGUCACCAUGAGCAAAAUAAAACAAAUAAGACUAAAACUGCUCACAGUGACGGGUUCCUGGUUGUCUCUGCUGAGCUCUCUGCGCCAGUAGAGAUGGCCUCUGCUGAGUCAGAUGAAGACCCAGAUCAUACGGUUGGGAAAGCACCUCAUUUGACCUUGCCCGCCGACCUUCGAACCCUGCAUUUGAACCAACCAACAUUAAGUCCAGAGAGUACACUUGAAUGGAAUAACGACAUUCCAGAAGUUAAUCGUUUGAAUUCUGAACACUGGAGAAAUCGUAAAACUGAAAAGUGGAUGGGGCAUGAAGAAAUCAAUCCUCUUGAAACCGAUUUCAGUGGCAAUGGCUUGACAGAGCUGGCGCUCAAGCCCAGCCCCAGGCUGCAGUCCAUCAGCCAGCCUCAGAAAGACCUUCCCCAGAAUACUGGCCCGGAAGAGGAUAUUUUCGAAGAUCAGCUGUAUCUUCCUGUGCAUUCUGAAGGAACCUCUGCUCAUCAGACGUUCAGUGCGUCCACCAUAGAGCAGCCUAUUAAUUCCAGCACAGUGGAGAGGUUGUUGACCAAAGUGGAGAAGGAUCACGAAAAGGAGAGUUUGCGGCAUCUAGAAGGCAGUGCCUCCUCUCCACUUUCCUCUGAUUAGAUGAAAUUGUUACCUUAUCCUAAUCAUAGAAGUUCUUUUUAGCUUUUUUAUUUGUAAACUAAUAAAGGCAAUCAUAGCCACCAACAUUCCAAGCUCCCCCAGGUACAUUUGUGCAGUAGAAGUUAGUGUGCAUGUGAACAAGCAAGCGAUGUGCACACAAAGACUCUGUUACAAUUCACUAUUUGCCAAGAGUAGGAAGAAAGGCUAGGGAUAUUUUGGUUGGUUUUUAGUUUUUGGGGGUACUCAAACAGUAUUAUCUUUUGAACAUUGUAGGGACAUGAGUAUAUAAAUGUUAUCUAAUCAAGAUCGCUGGAUUGUGCCUUUACAAGUUUCUAAAACUUGACACCCUUGGUGACUCUUUCAACACACUUCCACUGCAUGCAAAAUGAAGUUUUGAUUCAUUUCUAACCACUGGAGUUUUUCAAUGCCACCAUUACUAGUACAUUGAUUUUGCACUUUGAGAUUCAAAUGCCAUGUCUAUUUGGUUCACCUUUUAUUUUUAUGGGCUUAUCAGUCUCACUGUUUGCUGUCAGUGUGACAAAGUAAAAUAGACCCCUAAAGACGACACACGAUAUGGAUCACAUAUUGUUUAGCACACGCUUUGUCAGAAAUUUUGCAUGUUUUACCUCGACUUGCUAAAAUUGAUUAGCAGAAAGGCAUGGCUAAUAAUGUUAGAGGUAAAAGUAAAUAAAUAAGUAAACAAAACAAAGAUCUCCUGUUCUCUGUCUAGCCUCAAGGUGUUCAUCAGAUGCUUAAGAUUGUUCAAUUUUGAUUAUUUUCUUGACAGGAGAAAAAGGACUGAAGACUCUCUAUCUUCCUUUAUAUCUUGUUUUCCUGGCCUGGUUAAUAAGCUUAAAUGUUGACAAAAUAUGUUUAGCUUUGAAUUUACAAAGGAAAUUUUCAAUAAAACAAAAUCAUAAUGUUCUAUAAUUUAAAUAUAUCAUAAGGGGAGUUAAUUUCCUAACAUUGUGUUAUAUGAUUUUUUUUUAAGCCCUCACCAAGUUCUACUUUCUAAGAUAUAGUUCAAAGUUGCUUUUGGAAAUCUGUAUUCUUGAAAAUAUUAUUUUCUGUUAGAUUUUUAAAUACCAGCUAAAGGAUUACCUCGCUGAGUCAUCAGUAACCUAGUCAGCUUCCCAAGAAGAUUUUUGUUUAGCUUCACAAUUUUCUUUGUUAUUUUCAGAUAAUUCAAACACUUAGAUAAAUUAUGUUUUAAGUGUUAAGGUAAACUCCUUUAAAGAAAAUUUAAUAUGUUAUAGUUGAAUCUUUGGUAACUUUAAGUCUUUAUUAUAGACUCUGUACAUAUGUUAAAAUUAACUAGCUGCUUAUGUGUGUGUCAUCAGUUGGAUGACAGAAUAAACAUAUUUAUGGUCAUGGAUGAUGUGCUUUGUACAAAGAUUUCAAGUUAUUAGGAGGCAUACUUUGUUUUUUUAAUCUUGUAUAAUAUUCUGUGAUACUUUUAUAGAACAAUUCUGGCUUCAGGAAAGUCUAGAAGCAAUAUUUCUUGAAAUAAAAGGUGUUUAAACUUUA